AUGAGUUUUGCGUCAACAUCCCCAGGCGCUACAUCCGCUGCACCAAGCUCCGACAGCACCGCGCAUGCUUCCAACGAUGUUGUCGAUCAGGACACGCCCAUGUCGCCGGAGGAACGCAAGCAGAAAGCGCUGGAGGCUAAGAACGCUGGGAAUCGUUACUUUUUGAAAGACGACUUUUCGCAAGCGAAAGUGCUUUAUUCUCAAUCGAUUGCUUUGGAUCCUAAUGUGGCUGCCGUGUACAGCAACAGGGCCGCAUGCGAGCUCAAGCUGGAGCAGCAUGGCCUUGCGGUGGAAGACGCUACGAAGGCAAUCGAGCUGGAUCCUUCGUUUGCGAAAGGAUACUACCGCCGCGCGUCUGCACUCCUCUCCAUUUUAGAUCCUAAAGGCGCGCUACCAGAUUUGCGCAUGGUGAUCAAGUUGGAGCCAAGCAACCGUAUUGUCCGCUCACAACUGGAAGCAACCCAAAAACUCGUACGACGCAUGGAACUCGAAAAGGCGAUCCGAAUGGAUCCUGGUCCCCCGCCGAGUGCGACAGCGAUUGAACACCUGCAGCAUGGUACCGGUAAUACUGAAAUACGACCCGACUACGACGGCCCGCGCCUUUUGACCGACACAAAAGAUGGCACGCGAACCACUGCGCCUGUGGAUGGCAAGCCUUUCCUGGGCCAAAUCGACGCUGCGUUUAUCGAAAACAUGAUUGAACACUUCAAGGAAGGGAAAAGAAUUCCGAACGGGAUGGCGUGGGCGAUUAUCCUAGGAGCACUGCGUGCUUUUGAAAAAGAACCGACAAUGGUGGACUAUACAGUUGAGCCUGGAACGACGAUCGAUGUUGUGGGUGACACACAUGGCCAAUUCUACGACUUUAUUCACAUUCUUUCGUUGACAGGCCCGCCGUCCGACACGCAUGCCGUGCUGUUCAACGGCGACUUUGUCGACCGUGGCUCGUGGUCCGUGGAAAUUGCGCUCACUAUCUACGCGUACAAAUGGCUUUACCCCAAGACGACGCUGGUAAAUCGGGGGAACCACGAGACAAGCGAUAUGAACAAGGUGUAUGGAUUCGAGGGCGAGUGCAAGGCCAAGUUUGGCGGCGAGUUCACCUUCAAAUUGUUUACCGAGUCAUUCAUCGCGAUUCCGCUCGCAACGCUGAUCACCUCACCGACUGCGCCUUUGCCCGCCGAUGCGCUUCCCAAAGAAGCGAGCAAUUCUUUGGCACAAACCAAGCCGAUCCUAGACAAGGCGACACAGCGGAAGCGCUUCUUUGUCGUGCACGGCGGUCUGUUUAGCGAAGACAAUGUCACGUUUGAAGACAUCCAAAAAGUGGACCGCUUCAAAAAGCAGCAGCCUGGCCAGGAUGGCCUUAUGAUGGAACUGCUUUGGAGCGAUCCACAAACUGCGCCUGGACGCGGACCGAGCAAGCGCGGGGUGGGUUUUGGGUUUGGCCCCGAUAUCACGCGCGCGUGGUGCGAACUGAAUGGCGUGUGUGCUGUGCUGCGCAGCCACGAAGUGCGCCAAGGCGGCUAUGCCGAAGAGCACAAUGGUCUUUGCUGUACCGUGUUCUCUGCGCCGAAUUAUUGCGACUCUGCGGGGAACCUUGGCGCGUUUGCACGCAUUGAUGACAAAGGAACUCUUGUAUGGCGCACAUUUGAGGCGAAGCCGCACCCCAACAUUCGUCCUAUGGCAUAUGCUAAUGGCCCCAUGGGCGGCCUUCUUGCGUGA